UUUUUAUUUUUAUUUUUCCUUCUUUACAAAAAAAAAAAAAACAAGGAAACAAAAAAAAUUAGAAGAGGAGGUGCGCCAGACCGGGAAGCUGAUCAACCAUUGAUCACGUACACACAGAUAUAUUUUAGUCUUUACCAUAGUAUAAAAGAGAGGGAAAGAGAGAGUCAUCGAGAUUUGCGCCUUGGCCAAAGGAGAGAGAAAUAUCUUUGAUAUAUCAGCAAAUCAGGCUGAUUUAAAAGCAAAGGCGGCGAGAAUUUAUUGAUAUGAUGUAUCUGAUACAAACAACCCCAUCAUUCAUACACAUGACCCGUUGGCCCUGAGCUCUCUCCUUUAUCUCCUUUGCUGUUAUCUGUCUUGUUGGCUUGCUUCCUUGCUUUCCUUCUCUCUAUGAAACCAUGAAUUUACUCUCUUUUCUCUCUCUCUGACGCCACCCUUUACUUUGCUUUUUUUUUUUUUCUGGAUUUUGGUCCCUUUCGAAUUAUUUCUUGGUUUUGGUUUUUGUUAGUGAAUUUUGUUUGAUAAUUAAGAUUAAGCGUCAUCAACGUCAUCAUAAAGUGUGGGAAGUGGAAAAUGGGGAAUGGGGUGGGAACAGCGUGGAGUUCGAGGAAGGGGUGGAGGAGGAUAAGGAAGCAGGGCCUGUCGGUGUUCCUGUUGUUGUUGUUGUUGUCUCAGUCCAAUGUUUAUUAAUGCUCUCUCCCUGGCCUUUUGCUGUUGAAUUGCCUGGUUUCUUUUUUUUUUUCUCGAAGUCUCAAAGUUUUCUUUGAAGAAUAAUAGCCUUUUCUUUGCCUCUGCUCUCGAUUUCUGGUUUGGUUUGGUUUUAUUCAGCUGUGUGAGAGAGAGAGAGAGAGAGAUAUUUGUCGAUGGUACACGGUAUGGGCAGCUCCACAACAACAAGGAACUUAGGCCAGCUUCUUGAAUCUUGAGGGUGUUUGAAGGGAGUAUUCCUGUUGUUUCUUUUAUUCUGUAAGCGUAUUUUCGAGAAAAGAACAAAAAAUGAAGUUUAUGAAGCUUGGCUUCAAGCCUGACUCCUUCCAGUCUGAUGGCAAAUGCAUCAGGUAUGUCACAUCUGAUUUGGCAACUGAUGUCACCAUUAACAUUGGCGAAGUGAAAUUUUACCUUCACAAGUUCCCCCUAUUGUCGAAGAGCAAUCACUUGCAAAAACUAGUGCUGAAAGCCAGUGAAGAGAACUCUGAUGAGAUUAAUAUGGUUGAUUUUCCUGGUGGGCCAAAAGCAUUUGAAAUUUGUGCAAAAUUCUGCUAUGGGAUGACUGUUACUUUAAAUGCUUACAAUGUUGUGGCUGCUCGUUGUGCGGCUGAAUACCUAGAGAUGACUGAGGAUGUUGAUCGAGGUAACCUAAUUUUUAAAAUUGAAGUAUUUCUUAAUUCUAGUAUAUUCCGUACCUGGAAAGAUUCCAUUAUUGUACUACAAACCGCCAAAUCUCUUCUACCAUGGUCUGAAAACCUGAAGAUUGUUGGACGAUGCAUUGAUUCCAUUGCAUCUAAAACCUCUGUGGAUCCAGCAAACAUCACAUGGUCCUACACAUAUAACCGGAAGUUAUCAGUGCCUGAGAAAAUAGUUGGUGAUGGUAUGAAACUUCGGGAGAAGAUUGAAUCUGUCCCGAAGGAUUGGUGGGUUGAAGAUAUAUGUGAACUAGAGAUUGAUCUCUACAAGCGAAUCAUGACAGCUGUGAAAUCAAAGGGCAGAAUGGAUGGUGCUGUCAUUGGUGAGGCACUGAAAACUUAUGCUUUCAGAUGGUUGCCUGAUUCUGUUGAUGCCUUGGUUUCUAAUGUACAUUCCUGGAGAAACAAAUUACUGGUGGAAACAAUUGUAUGCUUAUUGCCUUCGGAUAAGGGUGUGGGUUGUUCAUGUAGUUUCUUGCUGAAGCUGUUGAAAGUUGCCAUUUUGGUUGGGAUGGAUGAUUCAGCAAAGGAAGAUUUAGUGAAGAGGAUAAGUUUAAAUUUGCAUGAAGCUUCUGUCAACGAUUUAUUAAUACCGGCACAGUCUCCCCAAACUACUUUAUAUGAUGUUGAGAUGGUGCAGUCUAUUGUGAGUCAGUAUAUGAUGCAUGAAAAGCAUAGUCAAGAUUUAGAUGCUGCAAAGAAUGAGAUGGGAUGUACUGAUUUAAUUCUAGGGCAUGGAUCCUUGUUGAGUGUUGGUAAACUGAUUGAUGGGUAUCUUGAAGAAAUUGCAUGCGACCCAAAUCUUUCCCUGGCCAGUUUCAUUGACUUAUCUCAGUCUAUUCCUGAGUUUGCUAGACCAGUUCAUGAUGGACUCUAUAAAGCCAUUGACAUGUACCUGAAGGAGCAUCCUGGCUUGAUGAAGGCUGAAAGAAAGAAAAUUUGCGCACUGAUGGAUGUCAAGAAAUUGACAAUGGAUGCAUCUAUGCAUGCUGCACAGAAUGAGAGACUUCCACUACGGGUUGUAGUUCAAGUUCUCUUCUUUGAGCAGGUUAGGGCUGCAGCUGGAGUUCAAUCGCUUAACAACAAUCCUCGCGACACUUCAUAUUCCACGACGAACACUGAUGAAGAAUGUGACAAGACUCCAGUUGAAGAUUGCAACUCCCUCAAGAACCAGAUGAGUCAAGUUAAGAUAAAAGAGGAUGGUUUCCCAAAAAAUGGUAAAUUGGCCAAGAAGAAUAGCAAAAGCAGUAAAAUUGGCAUGCAGCUGCUGCCAUCUCGAUCUAGAAGAAUAUUUGACAAGUUGUGGGUUGUGGGAAAAACGCAUGUGGAGAACAAAAGUUCUGAGACCUCUGGAAGUUCGCAAAGCCCAACUUCGAUGGUUCCAGGGGAUACAAAGUCCUCUGGUAUAUCUUCAAGACACAGGAGGCAUUCAAUUUCCUAGAGAAGAAUUCUGAGGUUUAUCGGAACGUAAACGGGUAAAGAAGAUUCAAGCUGUUGUAAGUGUAAAAACCGGUAGGAUUUUGUUGUAGUUGAUGGGGUUCUUGUCUUGUGUGAAGUGUUCUAAAAUGGGGGUCGGCUACAGAAUGUAAUCAGUUGUUUUUGAGUAGUGCUCUUUGGAACAUCUUUAUCCAAUAGCUGAUCAUCCAUUCUCAUAUUUAAGUCUCGUGUAGUUAAUUGGAGAACUGCAUUUCCUUGAAUCUUUUGUAUUCCUUUACCUGUGAUAUAAUUCGGGGAUCAACUACCUGUUUCUCCUGAAGAGAUGUGCCACUGCUGGACAAACCCAUGGCCAAGAAAUGCUCGUUAAUAAGAGUGUUAGGCUUCCGUUAAAUUGUAAGAAAUGGUGAGAAUGGAUCAAUGAAAGUUCUUCUCACUUGCAUUACAUCAUACAUGUAUAUAGAUACCACUUCUUUCAAACACACUAAAAUACAACAAUUUAAAUUCCAUUCUCAAUCAAAUGAUGGGAUCACCAGUUUCAAAAAGGAAAAGUUGUUCGAUUGAGUAUGAUAAAUGUAAACUUACCCUCAUUUGAAUCAUAUUGGAUGUUCCUCGUUUCCCUUUUUGUUUUUGGGCUUUGUCCCUCCAUGUAGAAUCUUUCAGUCACAUGAACCAACAGUAACCAAAAGUUAAAGGUCCUCAAAUCCUACAGGAAACUAAAUGGAAUGAUUUUGUUCCCAAAGGUAUGUCAGAUUCAUCAGAACCAGAAGUCAAUCGAUGAGACUACCUUCAAGUUGAGAAAAGGGAAGACUA